CGAUGACGAGGGCGUAGGUGUUCCGUUCUACUAGAAAACUCAAAUGAUUAACGGCACAAGUAUGUGGAGUACUUUGAUCUCUACGGUAGUUUGUUGUAGACUUUUUUUUUAGUUGACGUUUUGGGAAAUAGUGACCCUCAAAGGCCUACUGAAACCCACUACUACCCACCACGCAGUCUGAUAGUUUAUAUAUCAAUGAUGAAAAAUAACAUUGCAACACAUGCCAAUACGGCCUUUUUAGUUUACUAAAUUACAAUUUUAAAUUUCCCAGGAGUUUCGUCUUCGAAACGUCGUGUAAUGAUGACGUGUAUGCAAGACGUCACGGGUUUUUUGGAAGUAUGAGCGCUGCGCACACACAGCUAAAUUUUGUCUACUUUAACUGCAUAAUUAUACAGUUUUUUGGACAUCUGUGUUGCUGAAUCUUUUGCAAUUUGUUCAAUUAAUAUUGGAGAAGUCACAGUAGAAAGAUGGAGUUGGGAAGCUUUAGCCUUUAGCCACACAAACACACUGUGAUUCCUUGUUUAAAAUUCCUGGAGGUGAAACUUUCCUAUGGAUCAGAGUGCGGUCAAGAGAACAUGGAAACCAACCACAUGUCAACCAGCAGGUUUCGCUGCCGUCGACUCCCCUGAGACACUGCGCGUCAAGACACCCGUGGAGACACCCUUCCGACUAUCAGUUUGUUUGCAGUGAACUUUUUCCAAGGUCGACUGAAGAUCGUGUUCUUCCAGAAGCCUUCCUGUGCUGUCCAUCAUGUGGAUGCGUCCAGGCGCACAGCUGCUCUCCCCCUGCAGGAAACAUUCGCAGCUCCUGGGAUUAUUCCCUCUUUUCCAGGGGCCAGUCACGUGACGCAGUGCAUAUCAGGGGGACGCCAGCUCGCCGUCCUCGCACUUCUUUUUCCAGUGGACAUCUGUGGAGCCACGCACCUUCUACUGGAACAGCCGGGGGAGCACUUUUGGACAUUUCAAAAAAGAAAAGGAGGGGAUGUGAGGGAUGGAGCGGCAAAAAUCGCGAGAACUUGCUCGCUGCUUCCAGUAGCGCGCACGGCUGGAGUCGGCGAAUCCGGGUCGGUGUUGUUGGUCCAACUUUUGUGCGUCUCCACCUGGCCCUCCGAUCGGGUUGAGUGAGUGUGGGUGCAUCGUCAUCCUCAUCUUCCUCACGCUUGCAUGUGGCAGCCGCAGACGCCUCAGUGAGCUGCAGCCAGCCUGGGUGCGAGUUGGACGGUCCUGCCUUCACUUCAACAAAAAGUGUCCGAUGUCUGCGCACAGGAUGAUGAUCAUUGGACUCCUGCUCAGCGUCUUCUCCUAUGGAAGCGUGCCGGUGUCGGCCUCCUUAGACUGUCUGGUGGCCGAGCAGGGCUGCGUCCAGGAGCAGUCCUGCAUGGUACCGUACCGCCUGCUUGAGUACUGUGUGGCAGAGGAAGCGGUUUCGCCCCUCGGCCCGGAAGCCCGCACCGAGUGCCUUGAGGCUCAGAACUCCUUGCACCACCAUCGCCCCCUUCAAGUGUGCAAAUGUCAGCGUGGCUCACGCAGGGAAGAACACUGCCUCAGGGUGUACUGGACUGUAAGGUUUGGAGCAUAUGAUGAGUAUGAAAUAUCUCCAUAUGAAGAACUGGAAUUGAAUCUGGUGCGAAACAUUGAGAUGUCGCACAUGGCCUCCAUCAUGGCGGCUUCCUCUGUGUCCGUGGACGGACACAAUCAGUGUCUGAAGGCCGCCCAGGACUGCGGCCUUUUUGAGAAAUGCGGCUCGCUGCGCUCAGAGUACGUGGUGGCGUGCACCAAGCGAGCGGCUGCCUCCGACAGCAGCUGCAACCGACAAAAAUGUCACAGAGCCCUGAGGCGCUUCCUGGAGCGUGUCCCCGAGGAGUACAGCUUUGCGUUGCUUUUCUGCCCCUGCUCCGAUACUUUAUGCGGGGAGCGCCGCAGGAAAACCAUCGUCCCGUCUUGUUCCUACGAGGAGAGCGCCAAGGGCGACGGCCGAGUGGGCAAGCCCAACUGCCUAAGCCUGCAGAACUACUGUUCCAGAGACGAGCUGUGUAGAUCCCGCUUUGCUGAUUUCCAACACAACUGUCAGCCAGCUCCUCUCUCGGCUUCUGGCUGCAUGCGUGACAGCAGAGCCAUGUGCCUCAAGGCCUACGCUGGACUCAUAGGCACAAUCAUGACUCCCAACUACAUGAGCAACAGCAGCACAGAGGUGUCCCAGUGGUGCACGUGUGACGGCAGCGGCAACGAAUGGCAGGGCUGCCAGCGCAUCCUGCACAUGUUCAAAAACAACAUUUGUCUGCGUGCUGCCAUCAGCUCCAUGGGAAUCUCCGUGCCGCCCCCUGCUGAGAGCAGCGCCGCUCCAUCCCCCAAGCCCUCGCCGAGAGUCCACCAGGAGAUGGGCCACGGCGUCAACACUCUCCCGGAAUUCACCAGUAUAGAGACCAGCGAGGCCGUGGAGCAAGAGGAAGUUAAGAGCGAAGAAUUCAACAUCAUCCCACCGUAUUCAGAGAAAGACUCCGACAUUGAGUCGAGGGCCACAGAGAGGCAGCAAGGAUCUGCCGGCCGAGCGGCGCCCUUCUUCCCUCUAUUGCUUCUGUCCACACUCAUCCUGGACUUGGACUGCCGGAGCUAUUAAAGCCUCCAUCUUCUGCUCACGCUCUCCUCUCAUUUCCACGUUCAAAAACCAUGUCAAGCCUGUGAGGGAAGUUGUGACGAAGCAGCGGCUUUCGUUUAAAAGACUCCUUAAGAGUUAAAAGAUAUCAUUCGUGCGGCAGUAUCAGUGUCUUUAGCUCCAGAGCAGAUAGAGGAGUGCAUGACUGAACUGAGAAGUGCUGCUGGGGCAAGUAGUCCAUCCAGAGCCUGCUUCACACUCUAAAGUACAUCCUCUCUUUUUAACAAGAAGCACAUUGCCAAAGGCCACACUCACUGUACGUGAUCUCCCUACCCACGGUAAAAAAAAAAGCUUUGGUCCAGUGCAACCAAGCCACAGUACGCCGUCUGAUUCCUUUUUCAUGACUCAUCCCUUACUCCCUCCACCCUCCGGCUUUCCCUCUCCCUCCAUCAUCCCAUGCUGUACAAAGACGGUCUGCUGAAUGAGUUCAUCAUUAAUGGGAAGUCCACCUCAUGCCACUCCACAACUCUGUUUGAAGAACAAAGGUAGAGGUCUCACUCUGUCCUAAAACGUACUUAUUAUUAAGCGCAUUAGGAUCCGUCCUGGUUGUUGAAUUAAAUCGAUAGCGACUGGACUAUUUAGGUUGUGUUAUAAGACGUUUUACCUCUUCAUCAGUUCAUGCUCAAAUACUUGAUAGGCCAGCUCUAAUCUGAGGGCAUGGUGUAGGGAUCCAGAGUAUUUUUCCCUUUAACGGUUGUUAAUAAUAAUAAUGGAUUAGAUUUCUAUCGCGCUUUUCUAUUUUUUAGAUACUCAAAGCGCUCACAGAGAAGUGGGAACCCAUCAUUCAUUCACACCUGGUGGUGGUAAGCUACAUCUGUAGCCACAGCUGCCCUGGGGUAGACUGACGGAAGCGUGGCUACCAGCUUGCGCCUACGGCCCCUCCGACCACCACCAAUAAUUCAUUCAUCAUUCAUUCACCAGCGUGAGCGGCACCGGGGGCCACGGGUGAAGUGUCCUGCCCAAGGACACCACAGCAGCGAUUUUUUGGAUGUCAAUAGGUGGGAAGCAAACCUGCAACCCUCAGGUUUCUGGCACGGCCGCUCUACCCACUACGCCAUGCCGCCCCAUUGUUAAGAUAAACUCCACGGUUUCUUAGCGACUGUGGUUCUGUAGCACAACGGAGUGAAACCACUCCCCUUGGGGUGGUAAAUACUUUGGAUCCAUCACCAUGCCCUAAGACCUGAGAUAAGAGGUGAAAUGUCCUCUGAAGUGAGGUAUACACAUAAAGACUAUUGAGCUUUUUUUUUGUCCCCAUUUAUCUCCUUCUGACUAUAAGCUACUAGUUUUUUUCCUAAACAUUGAACGCUGUGGUUUGAAUAACGGUGCGGUUUAUUGAUAGAUGUUUCUUUGCCGAUGACCAUAAUGCAAAUUCUGUAGUUUUCAAAGAAAAACAUGCAACUACACUGAAAAGGUGUGUUAUUGUUUGUGCUACGGUGCCAUCCUGUGGACAAGAUCACUCACUGCAGGUGCUGCAGUGCGAUCCUGUUUAGAGCUUUCAACCGGAAGUACAAGUGCCAUUCCGUCUUUAGGUUGUCCAUAGCGUUGCUUAUCGAAAGGAUUCUUAAUUCAUCACUCCAAGCAACGUUUGUAGGUUUCAUAUUACAACUAAAACUAUUCAUAUUUACUACACCAUCCCAUGUGUGACGUCUGUAGGAGUGAUUUCAUGCAUAUUUGUACGUUCUAUCGUAAUGUAAUGAAGCUAGCGUGGUUAGCAUGAACUAAUGUGCUAACAUGUUUACAAGUGUCUGUGUUAGUAUUAUUAACUUACAAUGGCAUUCUUUUUGUAUUGUUUCAAUUUCAUAAAUUCACCAAAACGUCACCGUGGAGUUACGAGUCUGUUGAGCUGAUUGGAGAGCUAGCCUCAGCAGCUAGUGGGUCCAUGACGAUGGUGUCUGUUUGGUUUGAUCAACCGUUUUACUGCUGUGUUACAGGCACAGUUUGGAAACAAUUAAGGUAUGUAAAUAAACAUUUACAAAAUC